GGUCAACAUGGCAGCAGAAGGCAGAAAAUAACCAAACUUAACUUCCCAAACAGAAACUCCGUUAUCCGCGCCGCUUCAAAUUUUAGUUGAAAUGGAUAUUGAACUGCUUAAGACUUUAGACUGUAACCAAGGAGCUGUCAGAUCUGUACGAUUUAAUGUGGAUGGGGCAUAUUGCUUAACUUGUGGAUCAGAUAAAAAGUUAAAACUUUGGAAUCCGUACCGAAAUUUACUCCUUAAAACAUAUGCAGGGCACGGUAAUGAAGUAUUAGAUGCAUGUGGCUCUUGUGAUAGUAGUCAAAUUGUUUCCUGUGGUGCUGACAAAACUGUGAUAAUUUGGGAUGUUAGCACUGGUGCACCCCUCAGACGUCUACGAGGUCAUGCAAGUAAUGUUACUUGUGUAAGAUUUAAUGAAGAAUCUUCAGUUGCAAUAUCAGGGUCUCAUGAUAACUGCGUAAUGUGUUGGGAUGUUAGAAGUCGAAAAAAUGAACCCAUGCAGGUUUUGAAAGAGGCCAAAGAUAGUAUAAGCAGUAUUCAGAUUACAAAUCAUACAAUUUUAACUGGAUCUGUGGAUUGUAGAAUUCGUCAAUAUGACUUGAGAACUGGAGAUCUUGUUAGUGAUUUUGUUGGAGAGCCUGUCCUCAGUGCAAGUUUUACUGGAGAUGGUCAGUGCAUAGUUGUUGGCUGUGGAGAUGAAUGUGUCAGGCUAUUUGACAAAGACUCAGGAGAAAUGCUUGGGGAGUACUCAGGGCACCGCACUGGAGAUUUUCGGGUUGAAAGUGCUGUAGACAAUACAGAUGCCUUUAUUUUGUCUGGUGCUGUAGAUGGCAAUAUAUGGUGCUGGGACAUGGUGAAAGGAGAAGUUGCAUCAAAAUUGCAACAUUCGCCUGGUGUAGUGGUCAACUCAAUUCAUCCUCACCCUUCUAAAUCAGCUUUAGUCUCAGCAGCUGGACAGAAUGUUAAAUUGUGGGGUAAACCAGAAUAUCUUGACUCUGAUUAGAAAUGUGCUUGAUCUAUUGGAUGAUAAAGGUAAAAUAAAAUGCAUUAGUAUACUGUAA